ACCAACUUCAAGAAGGUUGUAUUACGCGAAAAAAUAUCUUUUUUUUAAGACAAGACAAAAAAAAAACUCAACAAGGAAAACUUGUUACCGUGUGUGCUACUAAUCGUGCAAAUCCUGUUCCCAAUUUCGUGGAUUACUUCCCUCAUUUUUUUUUAACAAAAAAGCAAAUUUUUGAAAAAUACCAAUUAUGAUUCUCAUUCAACCAACUCCAGCUCAACGAGUUUCCAUCCGUGAGGAACUUCGUGAGCCAGAAAAUCCUGCUGAUAUCGAACGGGAUGUAGGUCUUAUUCGAGAAUGGCUUCAGACACAACCUCAUCUGCCAAAGGAUAUGGACGAUGGACGUCUAAGGACUUUCCUUCGAGGUUGCAAAUUUAGUUUGGAAAAAGUGAAACGCAAGUUGGAUAUGUAUUACACAAUGAGGAAUGCAGUGCCGGAGUUCUUCUCCGAUCGGGAUAUUUCUAAGGAAAACUUAGCUGUGGUAUUGGAUUAUGUACAUUGCCCCACUCUUCCCGGUCUUACGCCCAACGGACGUCGGAUAACAUUCAUUAGGGCAAUAGAUUGUGAUUUCCAGCCAAACCAAGUUAACGAUGCCAUGAAGGUAGCUCUGAUGAUUGGCGAUAUUCGACUGUUGGAAGAAAAAGUUGGCAUAGCUGGAGACAUCUUCAUUUUGGAUGCUGCCGUUGCAACACCAACAAACUUUGCAAAAUUUUCACCAUCCGUUGUCAAGAAAUUCCUGAUUGCUGUUCAAGAAGCUUAUCCGGUUAAAGUGAAGGAAGUGCACGUGAUAAAUAUUUCACCACUGAUUGACACAAUAAUGAACUUUGUGAAACCUUUCGUUUCGGAAAAAAUUCGUAAUCGAAUUACAUUCCAUAGUGAUGUGGAGAGUUUGUAUAAAGUUAUUCCCAAAGAACUGCUUCCUAAUGAGUAUGGUGGCAGUAUUGGCAGCAUUACCGAACUUAAUCAACAAUGGAAACAAAAACUAGCCGAAUACACCCCAUGGUUUAAGGAGCAAGAGAAUUCGAAAGCUGAUGAAUCUUUGCGUCCAGGAGCACCAAAAACUCAAGAUGAUCUAUUUGGUGUUGAGGGUACUUUCAGGCAAUUAAAUAUUGAUUAGUACUCUUGAAAAGGAAAGAAAAAUCAAUUCUGUGUUAAUAAAAAAUUAAUCUAAAGUCAGUCUUGCUUAUUUUUGCUAAGCAAAUUCACUAAAAACAUAUUUAGAAAAAAAAAAAACAAGAUUAUUAAAAAAUAACACUCUCUUAUGAAUAUUUUAAUCUCUAGCACAUUUUAUUUGUAUGUAUUUGGAAAUUGUAUUAUGCACUAC